CCCUCCCGCCCGGCCAGCCCCGAAGAGUUGCCCGGUGGCCGCGGCAGACGGAAGCCGAGGGAGAGUCUCGGCGGCAGCAGGAUGGGGGACUCCAAAGUGAAAGUGGCCGUGCGGAUCCGGCCUAUGAACCGGAGAGAAAUUGACUUGCAUACCAAAUGUGUGGUGGAUGUAGAUGCAAACAAGGUUAUACUUAGUCCUGUAAAUACUAAUCUUUCCAAAGGAGAUGCCCGAAGCCAGCCAAAGGUGUUUGCAUAUGAUCACUGUUUCUGGUCUAUGGAUGAAUCAGUCAGAGAAAAGUAUGCAGGUCAAGAUGAUGUUUUCAAGUGCCUUGGGGAGAAUAUCCUUCAGAAUGCUUUUGAUGGUUACAAUGCAUGUAUCUUUGCCUAUGGACAGACUGGAUCUGGAAAAUCUUAUACCAUGAUGGGCACAGCUGACCAACCUGGAUUAAUUCCAAGACUUUGUAGUGGACUCUUUGAACGAACUCAGAAAGAGGAAAAUGAAGAGCAGAGUUUUAAAGUAGAAGUGUCCUAUAUGGAAAUUUAUAAUGAAAAAGUUAGAGACCUUCUUGAUCCCAAAGGAAGUCGUCAAACAUUAAAAGUCAGAGAGCACAAUGUUUUGGGACCCUAUGUCGAUGGACUUUCCAAACUGGCUGUCACAAGCUACAAGGAUAUUGAGUCUUUGAUGUCUGAAGGUAACAAGUCUCGCACAGUUGCUGCCACCAACAUGAAUGAGGAGAGUAGUCGAUCUCAUGCAGUCUUCAAAAUCACCCUUACACAUACUUUAUAUGAUGUGAAGUCUGGGACAUCUGGAGAGAAAGUGGGCAAACUGAGCUUGGUUGAUUUAGCUGGCAGUGAGCGAGCAACGAAAACUGGAGCUGCGGGGGACAGGUUGAAGGAGGGGAGCAACAUCAACAAGUCCCUCACAACCCUCGGUCUGGUUAUCUCAGCCCUAGCAGAUCAGAGUGCUGGCAAAAACAAGAAUAAAUUUGUUCCAUAUCGUGACUCAGUUCUCACUUGGCUGCUCAAAGACAGUCUUGGGGGUAACAGCAAGACAGCCAUGGUGGCCACCGUCAGUCCAGCAGCCGAUAACUAUGAUGAAACCCUUUCAACUCUGCGGUAUGCAGAUCGCGCCAAGAACAUCGUGAACCAUGCUGUGGUGAAUGAGGAUCCUAAUGCACGAAUUAUCCGGGAUCUCCGGGAGGAAGUAGAAAAGCUCCGAGAGCAGCUAACCAAAGCGGAGGCAAUGAAAUCUCCAGAACUGAAAGAUCGGCUAGAAGAAUCAGAGAAGCUAAUCCAGGAAAUGACUGUGACCUGGGAGGAGAAACUAAGGAAAACCGAGGAGAUUGCACAGGAGCGGCAGAAACAGCUUGAGAGUCUUGGAAUAUCUCUUCAGUCUUCUGGGAUUAAAGUUGGGGAUGAUAAAUGCUUCCUUGUUAAUCUGAAUGCUGAUCCUGCUCUGAAUGAACUUCUGGUUUACUAUUUAAAGGAACAUACAUUGAUAGGUUCAGCAAAUUCCCAAGAUAUCCAGCUCUGUGGAAUGGGAAUUCUUCCUGAACAUUGUAUUAUAGACAUCACAGCAGAAGGCCAGGUCAUGCUGACUCCUCAGAAGAAUACCAGAACAUUUGUAAAUGGCUCUUCCGUAUCUAGUCCUAUACAACUCCACCACGGGGACAGGAUAUUAUGGGGAAACAACCACUUCUUCAGACUGAAUUUGCCUAAAAAGAAAAAGAAAGCAGAUCGAGAGGAUGAGGAACAUGACACCUCCAUGAAGAAUGAUACCAGUUCUGAGCAGCUCGACAUAGACGGAGACUCCUCCAGUGAGGUUUCCAGUGAAAUCAACUUCAAUUAUGAAUAUGCGCAAAUGGAGGUUACCAUGAAGGCUCUGGGUGGUAAUGAUCCAAUGCAGUCCAUAUUGAACAGCCUAGAACAACAGCAUGAAGAAGAAAAACGAUCUGCAUUGGAGCGCCAGAGGCUUAUGUAUGAACAUGAAUUGGAGCAGCUACGAAGAAGGCUGUCUCCUGAGAAACAAAACUGUCGUAGUGGGGACAGGUUUUCUUUCCAUUCACCCAGUGCUCAACAGCGACUGAGACAGUGGGCCGAAGAGAGAGAAGCAACGCUGAAUAAUAGCCUGAUGAGGCUGAGGGAACAAAUUGUGAAAGCCAAUCUGUUGGUGCGAGAAGCUAGUUACAUUGCAGAGGAACUGGAUAAAAGAACAGAGUAUAAAGUAACCCUGCAGAUUCCAGCCUCCAGCCUCGAUGCCAACAGGAAGCGAGGCUCUCUUCUUAGUGAACCUGCAAUCCAGGUGAGAAGAAAAGGAAAAGGAAAACAGAUUUGGUCUCUAGAAAAACUGGACAACAGGUUGCUGGAUAUGAGAGACCUUUAUCAGGAGUGGAAAGAGUGUGAAGAAGAUACCCCACUCAUACGGUCUUACUUCAAGCGUGCUGAUCCAUUCUAUGAUGAGCAGGAAAAUCAUAGUCUCAUUGGGGUGGCGAAUGUUUUCCUCGAGUCCCUCUUCUACGAUGUGAAGUUACAGUAUGCUGUUCCAAUUGUCAACCAGAAAGGAGAGGUGGCAGGUCGGCUGCAUGUCGAGGUGAUGCGAAUAAGUGGUGACAUUGGGGAAAGAAUUGCUGGAGGUGAUGACACCACAGAUCUCUCCUGUGAUAAGGAAACCCAGGAAAACAGACUCGUGUGCAUGGUUAAAAUACUCCAGGCCACUGGGUUGCCACAGCAUCUGUCCCACUUUGUGUUCUGCAAAUACAACUUCUGGGAUCAGCAGGAGCCAGUAAUUGUUGCACCCGAAGUUGAUACCUCUUCCUCCUCUCCAGUCAGCAAGGAACCUCAGUGCAUGGUUGUCUUCGAUCAUUGCAGUGAGUUUUCUGUUAAUAUUACUGAAGACUUCAUUGAGCAUCUUUCAGAAGGGGCUUUGGCAAUUGAAGUAUAUGGCCAUAAGAUGAACGAUCCUCGGAAAAACCCAGCCCUGUGGGAUUUGGGGAUAAUCCAAGCAAAAACACGUAGUCUUCGGGACAGAUGGAGUGAAGUUACCAGAAAAGUAGAAUUCUGGGUCCAAAUCUUGGAACAGAAUGAGAAUGGUGAAUACUGCCCUGUAGAAGUAAUUUCUGCAAAGGAUGUGCCAACAGGAGGAAUCUUUCAACUCCGGCAGGGACAGUCCCGGCGAGUCCAAGUGGAAGUGAAGUCUGUGCAGGAAUCUGGGACUUUACCACUGAUGGAAGAAUGUAUAUUGUCUGUUGGCAUUGGAUGUGUAAAAGUUAAAACGCUCAGAUCCCCCAAGACUCAUGAGACCUUUCAUGAGGAAGAGGAGGACAUGGACAGCUACCAGGAUCGGGAUUUAGAGAGACUACGUAGAAAAUGGCUAAAUGCAUUAACAAAACGUCAGGAGUACUUAGAUCAACAACUGCAGAAGCUUGUCAGUAAACAUGAUAAAACAGAGGAUGAUGCCGACCGUGAAGCUCAACUUCUAGAGAUGAGGCUGACUCUGACUGAGGAGCGGAAUGCAGUAAUGGUCCCCUCCGCUGGCAGCGGUAUUCCAGGGGCCCCAGCUGAAUGGACCCCAGUUCCUGGGAUGGAAACACACAUUCCUGUUAUAUUCCUUGACUUAAAUGCUGAUGAUUUCAGCUCCCAAGAUAAUCUUGAUGACCCAGAAGCUGGUGGAUGGGAUGCUACUCUCACCGGGGAAGAAGAAGAUGAGUUCUUUGAACUGCAGAUUGUAAAACAGCACGAUGGAGAGGUGAGAGCAGAAGCCUCUUGGGACUCUGCCGUGCACAGCUGUCCUCAGCUCAGUAAAGGCACCCCAGCGGAUGCGCGCGUGUAUCUGAUCGUGCGGGUGACAGUGCAGCUCAGCCAUCCGGCUGACAUGCAGCUGGUGUUACGGAAACGAAUUUGUGUCCAUGUUCAUGGCCGGCAGGGUUUUGCUCAGAGUCUCCUAAAAAAGAUGUCACAUCGAAGUUCUAUUCCUGGCUGUGGAGUGACUUUUGAAAUUGUCUCCAAUAUUCCAGAGGAUGCCCAGGGAGUAGAGGAACGAGAAACAUUAGCAAGAAUGGCAGCUAAUGUUGAAAACACGGCUUCUGCUGACUCAGAGGCUUAUAUUGAAAAAUACCUCAGAAGUGUGCUGGCUGUGGAGAACCUUCUUACUUUAGAUCGUCUCCGCCAGGAAGUUACUGUGAAGGAACAGUUGACAGGAAAGGGGAAGCUAAGUAGGAGGAGCGUUAGCUCUCCCAACGUGAACAGAUUGUCUGGCAGCCGACAAGAUCUUAUUCCAACCUACAGUCUAGGCAGCAAUAAGGGCCGGUGGGAGAGUCAACAGGAUGUAUCGCAAACUGCAGUUUCCAGAGGAAUAGCUCCAGUCGCCCCAUCCCUCCCUGACUGUCCCCCAAAUAACCAUUCUCCUGACCCAGGACUUAGUAGCCUUGCGGCCUCAUACUUGAAUCCAGUAAAAUCCUUUGUGCCACAGAUGCCAAAGCUCUUGAAGUCUCUUUUCCCUGUCCGCGAUGAGAAAAGAGGCAAACAGCCUUCUCCCCUCGCACAUCAGCCCGUGCCCCGAAUCAUGGUGCAGGCUGCCCUUGCGGACGCCGGGAUGACCAGAGUGGGGGAGGCUCACCGAGAGAGCGUGGCGAUCAGUGCGGCCCCCGAUGUGACUGCGCACUCGGCCCCCGUGAAGCUCUACGACAGACCGACCAAGGCGCCUGCCCCGCAGGCGGCCGCUGCCGGCGCCCAGGCCCCCGAGGUGCAGGAGGGGCCGCCCAGCCCCCUGAGCGAGGCCUCCAGCGGCUACUUUUCCCAUAGCGUCUCCUCCGCCACGCUGUCCGAUGCGUUCGUCCCUGGCCUGGACAGCGCGGCGACAGCGGGCGGGCAGACCCCCGGCUCGCCCCCGCCGGCUCUCUGCCAGGCCACCCCGGAGACGGAGCUCCCGCUUCCCCCGACCGCUCCCGCAGCGGACGGUGAGCUUCCCGCCCCCCGGCACGGCCAGGGCAGCCUUCUGUCGCUGCCGGUCCCAGCAAAGCAGGAUGCGUGGGGCGACAGCGAUGGCGCAUGCGAGGCCAAGGAGCUGGUUUCCUCUGAGAAGGAAGACGCGAGCGCACCCCCGAAGGAAUCGCGCAGCCGGCAGGGCGGGGGCGAGGUUUCCCCAGCCACCACGCGGCUCGGAAGGCCCGAGAAGCACGCAAAGCCGGCCGCGGGCUCAGAGCUGGACGCCCCCACACCACAGGUUCCUCCCGACCUCCUGUCUCUGUCCCCUGCUCCCACGUCUCCGUUCAGAAUCCAGAAGGUGCGGACCUCCGAGCUGAAGUCGUUCACGCGCAUGCUGGGCGGAGACCCCAGCUGCCCGUCGGCGGCCGAGGAGGACCUGCUGGCCUCGGGGGCGCUGGGCGUCGGCGGGGCCGGGGCACCGGCCCUGGGAAAGCUGGAAGUGUCCUCCGAUUCUGAAGAAGCCAGCGAAGUCCCAGAGUGGCUCAGAGAGGGAGAAUAUGUCACCGUGGGCACCAACAAAAUGGGCAUCGUGAGAUACAUCGGGCCCACCGACUUUCAGGAGGGGACGUGGAUCGGAGUGGAGCUGGACUUACCUUCAGGUAAGAAUGACGGCUCCAUCGGAGGAAAGCAGUACUUCAAGUGCAACCCCGGCUAUGGGCUGCUGGUGAGGCCAGGCCGGGUGCACAGAGCAGUGGGUGCGGGCCGGCGGCGUGGCGCAGGGCUCCGGCCGCAGGGCGCCCCCGAGCCCCGCAGGAGCAGCACCCUCUCCGGCUCCGCCACCAACCUGGCCUCCCUGACAGCGGCUCUGGCCAAGGCAGAGGGUGCCCCGGCACUGAGGGCCGACAGGAGCCAUAAGAACCCUGAGAACCGAAAAUCCUGGGCCAGCUAAACCAGUGCUGGAUGCCGUGCCGCCCCCCCCCCCCCCCCCCCCCCCGGGUUGCAUCCUCCCGGGCUGCUGGCCUGCUUCCCUCUGCUUCCCAGGCAGAGGCUGACAGAGAGGCGGUGGCCAGUGCCCCCUUCCGAGCCUUGCCAGUGACAGCCCCGGGGUGGGGAUGGGAACUGAGUGGGCAGGGACACCUUAAACCCCCUUCCGUGGGGAGCACGGCAAGGCAUCCUUUCUGCACAACACAGGGCUGCUGACCUCUCCCUGCUCCUCCCGGGACGCUGGAAGCUUCAUUUCUUCCUCUGCGCAGAGAAUGGGGAGGCAUCUCAGCAAGGUAGAGGGUGGAAGGUUCUAGGAGCCCAGAGCCGUCCUGGAUUGUGGGAGCGAGGCUCCUGCCCAUCCCCAUGCCUGGGGUUCCUCCCCGCCCCCCAGGGGCUGCUGUUGUUCCUUUUUUUGGUUCUGAUGACCCCAUUAACCUCCUAACCUUCCCAGUGCCUUUCUUUCCUGCAAAGGUGGGGCAUCCUCCCUAUGCCUCCAGAGCCAGCACCCCGGCUGACCUACGCUGGACCUGGCUUGCUCCCUAGGCUCACUGCAUCCCUCUGGCCCCCAGAGUCCCUACACCAAGUAACAAGCUCCCGUAAGUGCCUCUGGCUAGCCUCCUGGGGUUCCUGACACUGGGUCCAGGGCGCCCCAGCAAGGGGCACUGGGCCUGGCCCCUCCCGCCUUUCCCUCUUCCUUUCCACAGGGUUCCUUAGGGCUUUCUUUGUGGGUGUGUUAGUGUCUUUAAUACCUGCAAAGUGUUUUCUCUUUGCCAUUUAUUCCCUUAACAGAGUGCUUAGAAUAUAUUUAUUUAUAUUUAUUUUUUCAAAAUCCGAAGUCAUUCGCGAGCCACAAUCAUCUGCCCAGGCAUGAGUGCCUGGGGCUUGCCUCGCACAUCACCAGCCUCUGAGGUCACUCAGGGCUGCUAGCCUCCGGCCUCAGGUGGAGGUUCCCAGAGGGGCCAGAGGAUGAUGCCCCUCCUUAUGUCGUUAUUGACACAGAUACACAAGUGGCCUUACUCUAAGGUGACAGUGACAACUUGGAGAAUUAUGUUGUGCUUCUGCAGUGACAAAGUCAGAGGCAUCACGACCUUAUCUGGUGCAAUUUUAGUUUCUUGGAAGGAUCUUAGACUAGUUUAACUUCUUGGCAAUUCCCUACCCUGACUCCCUCACCGAGCCUGGGGGACUGUGGCCUAGCAGAGCUCCCUACUGUCCCUGUGUCUGGCCCUUUGCGGAGCCACAGAUGCGUCCCAGACAGCAUGAGACCUCCAAGAGCAUUGCCCACCUCCUGCCAGGAUACCUCCGGGCCUGGAGCCCUUCCCUGCUGGGCUCACUGGGAGGGGGUCUGUGGAAGCGGGCAGAGGGCUGGUGCCUUGCAGGCCGCAGUGGCCCAGGGCCCAUGGGGCCCCUCCAUGGCAGCAGUAGACCAGUGACCACCUGCCGUGUGCAUCCUCACGAGCUGACUGCAGGAGCCUAGGGGACACCGUGGCCCCUCCAGGACAGAGCCCUGGGUCAGGAUUUGUGCGCAGCCAUCUUAGAGGCCCGUUUUUAGCUCUCACGUUUAGACCCUAAAAAACAAUGCCCAGAAAGCCCUUUUUUGCAAAAUCUUGUUCUCUAGGGAUUUGAAGCCCCUCCCGAGAAGGAACGCCAGGUUCCGUGCCCCUGGGUGGGGCUGGGUGGGGCCUGCGGGCAGCUGGGGAAGCAGAGCCCCGUGGGUACCCCCAGGUGUGCGGCUGCUGCACGCCGCGUCCCCCCCCCGGGGAGGAGCCUGAUUAAUUAGCUUCCAUUAAUUACACGUGGCGGUGCCCGCCCGCCUCUCGGGCCCAGCUCCCUAACAGCCCGUUGUGCGCCAGCGCGGUUUAACCUCCGCCUGGGAGGGGGUGGGCCACACUCGGCGGACAACGCGCCCCCCCCCCCCCCCCCCAAGGACAGAGGACAGGGCCCGGAGCGGACGAGCACACCCCUGGCGUAGCUUUAGCCCCGCAGAUGUUCAUAGUUUCAGAGCUGGACGGGAUCUUCUCACUGAGAACAGGCUGAAGCCGAGGAGAGGUCGGUGCUUCUUUCCCGCUUGUAGAAGCUUGGGCGCCCGACUGCCCGCCCGGCGCUCUCUGCUGUUCCCCGGAAGCACUAGGCACAGCGCCGUGGCUGCUCUCCCACCCCCGGGGGCCCCUGCGUCCCGUCCUCGGUCGCACAGUUCCCUUGGCCCGGGAGGGCGGUGUCUCUGUUCCUCCGGCCGGGGCGGCCACGAGCGCACCGCGGGGACUCCUGCCGGGCGCCCCACGUGUGAGGGGACCCGGACCGGGGGCGGGGGGCAGCCGCGCCCGCGUGCCGCCCGUCUUCGUGCUGCGCGUUCUGUGCUCUGCUCUUCGGCGGAAGGUCCUUCCCGGCACAGAAGCCCUCUAACAACCCGCGCCCAGUUUAGGGCUCGUCUCUGGGGACGCCGGCGUCCGUGGGCCCGUGCACGCAGGUCCGGCGCCACCCCUUUCUCUGGGGGCGAGCAGCUCCUGCCCCGACAGCCUCCGGUGACCAGCCUGCGGGCCCACGUCGGGCACCGCGCUCACUGGGGAGAACCAAGGGAAGGUGGAAGGCCGGUUGGCUCUGUCGCUCGGGCUGGGUAAGAUGGCGUAGACCGCGGUGGGAUUGAGGGCCCGAGCAGGGCGGCCGGGGAAGAGCCCUGACCGAGUUCAGACCGGCCGGGCGUGGGAAGAGGUUUCGGGACCACCUUUCCUUCCUCCCAGGCUCGCCGCCCCCCCCCCCCCGCCUGCUUUUUAAACACGGCCACGUCCCCCGCCCGAGAUUCCCCACCACCGUCCCGGGUCCCCGCAUCUCUGCCCCCGGGCGCAGCAGCCUGUGCUUGGAGCCCGGCCUUCGCUGGGCCUGGAGCACCCGAGGGAGCGCCGGGCGGGACAGCUCUGUUGCCCCCCCAGGUGGGCAGGUCAUCGCUCUUCGUGGGAGGAAGGUGCUGCGGGGGCUGCUUGCCGGGGUUUCCUGCCAGUGGAGGGCGCUUUGGGCCCCGUCCUGUAGAGUGUGAGAGGACAGGGCCGCCCCGUCGGAGUUCUCGGGAGGGGGGAGCUGUCACUGCAGCUGGCCGGUCACCAGUGCCCGGAGAGGCGGGUGUGGCUCUCCUGCCCCAGCUGCGGCCCCGCGGGCACCCUGGCAGCCACGAGGGCUGUGCCGGGUCCUCGCAGGGACAGGGUUUGCCGUCCUGAGCCUCCCGUCUUCGUGCUCCGCCACCAGCAUGUCCCUUCCAGGCCCGUGUGUCGCCAGAUCACUCGGGGUGCAGGCGUCACUCCACUGCAGUCCGCUGUCUUCCCGGGCAGUCCCCCCUCCUUGGUGGGGGAGGGGGUGAGCAGUGCCAGUCGGAAGGAGGCCCGCCCUGCUCUGGUCUCUGGCCUUCACUCUGGCUUCUCGGUGCAGACUCCUGGUAACUCGUUGCUGGGAAAGCAGUGACACGAAGUAGAUGUCACUAAAGCUGUAGCCCAGGAAGUCCCCACAACCCAGCAUUUAUUGGACCAGAGGUGGCGUCUUGCUGGUCGCGUGACCGUGGGAGACGGAGGGAAGCCCCCCAUCUCCCCUGUCUUCUGUUCUCACCUUACCGAUAGGCCUGAUGGUAACCGGUGUGUCAGCGCUAGGGUGCGGGAUGUGGUUCUGGCAGCUCCCAGGCUCUGGGAUCCGGGGUGACAGCAAGAGGGGAUGGGCUGCCUGCACGCAGGUGCCGCACGAGGACGUGUCAGGGGCCAGACGGGGGCCGCAGGGGGGCAGCUGUCCGGAAUCCCAGCCUGGCCAGAGGGCACGGGAGCAGGAGAAAGCACAGCCCGCGCGUGGGGCCGGGCUCAGCCGUGAAGGGCCUCGUGUGUUUGCGGAGAUUGGCGCUUCCGUUGAGCUGUGAAUGGGGCCCUUGAAGAGUUUGAACGGCUUUAAGCAUUUCCAUCCCCCAUUACUUCCCUUUUCUCCCCUUGGCUUACUGUUCCCUGUAUGGGAGACCCACAAGAAGUUCCAGGGUAUUUUCCUGGCGAAGACCAGCCCCACUUGCCUGAGGUCUGCCCGGAGGCCUGCACCUUGGACGGGGAGUGCCGGAGGAGGAGGCCACCUGUCUGUCGUGCCUUAUCCUGGGGACGGCCAGUGCAGCCUGUCUUUUAUGCCCAAGACACUGGCUCGAUGAUCUCCACACGCCUCUCUCUCUCCGAGAAGUCCGACGUGCCUUCAGCCGGGCCACUGACACUAAUUUUGUGGGGGGUCUUGGAACAUCUCCAUGUGCGGAGUUUUGUGAAUACAAUGGGUUCGCAUAUAAAGAAGUGAUUUUGAUUGGGGGACUGUAUUGAUUUGCUGCACAUGAAAUGGGAGUUUAAAAAAAUCCAAAGACUCUGUAAUGAAUUGUAAAGACUGAAUGAUUUGUAUUAUAUAAUGAACUAAACCUCUGUAAUUUUGUACCAUAUAUGCCUUUCCCUCGUAUGACCAGCAGCCUCUAAAUAAAACAGAUGAUUUCUUGCCUA